UUCCACCAUUGCAGUUUUUCAUGUCACAUAACUGCUGAAAUGACACUAAAAUUAAACAUUGGUUUGCUAAAGAACUUUUAAAAUUUUUAUUUUUCUGCCCCUUUGACAUAACGGUAAUGGCCAUUUCCAGCCAAUCCUGUCAUUUCAUUUUCUUCUUAUUUAAUUUUUAAGUAUAUACAAAAGGAAUUACAGUCAUUACCCCUCUUCAUAUAACCCUAAACUUAACCUGAGUAGGUAUGUUUAAUGCUAACAAAACCAAAAACAAUUAAUUUUGAAUUUGAGUAUAAUAGGAUGAUUUGUUUGUAAGUAUCGCCAAGUACCAAUAUUACUAAAAAAAACAGUAUGCAGCCCUGUCAGUAGAAUAUUUGAUGAGUCUUGGGUUGAAUUUUCUUACCUUAUAGCUUCUUAAGGGGAAACAAACAACAAAAGAUUAUCAAUAAGGUGCAAAAACCAAAUGUACACAAUGCCAAAAAUGUAAACAGGUUAACGGUAAGUGUCAUAAAUAUAAACUGAUUAACGGGUAAGGUGCAAAUCCAAAAUAUACACAAUGCCAAAAGUAAACAGUUAAUGGUAAGGAUCUUUUUUUUUUUUUUUUUUUUUUUUACAAAAAAUCAUACAAAUGACAUAAAAUAAUGACAAUGUAUGUACAGGUAGAGGGAAUAGAUGAUAGAUGAAAAUUGAUCUUGUGAGAUGUUUCAGAAGACGAAGACCUCUUUGAACCCUAUAAAAGUACAUAUUUGGAAAACAUUAAUAUCAUAAAUAUUGUUGAGUUUCUUGGGUGCAGAUUUUAGUGGGUUGUAGGACACUUUUAUUGGACGAAAAUGUGCCUAUUCUGUCUUGUAUCAUUUCCUAACUACACUGCAUUUCCCUUUUUAAAAAUGUGUUGUUGGUGGUCUGUCCCUUUAACAGAUAAAGCUGCCAAAAAAGGAGUGCCUGUCAGUCAAUGGGACGCUGAGUCAUGCAGCCUGAGGAAAGAAUUAUGUUCACAUUAUGUUUGUUGACACUUAAACUGGCAACCGGGCAACGUAGGUUUGUUUUGUAACACUGGAAACAUAGUGAGGAAACAUUUUUUCCUGCAUUAAUCUUAGGAUCUGUUGGGAUUAUCCGGGACCUGUUCAGGGGGGUGGUUUCUGCUGCCCUCCAGCGGCGCACACGCGGAGCUACAGUCCGGGCUGGGUAACCUCCUCCCCGGCCGCCGCCGCCACCGCCGCUCUGUGUUUGUGUAUGUGGAAUGCGGGUCAAGCGGAACUCACGGCUAAAAACUACGCUUCACAUCAAACUCAAACACCGGCUUGCAUCGACCUGCCGUGCUCUCUGUAUAUCGUGUAGCUUGUCAUCGAUCCCUUCUGUAACUUAACCUCCUGUCUGGUUUGUGAAGUGUCCCUACACCGGAGCUCCGCAGACAGACGACGAUGAAGAGAAGCAGGCACCCCAGCAGCAGUGAUGACUCCGACAAUGGAAGAAGGAAACCAAGAAAAAGAAAGAAGGGUGGCAGAUGGAGAAGGAUUAACGAAAAGAAAAAGAAGGCCCACGGUCUGAGAAACAGGAGACAGAGUAGGGACAGGAGGUGCAUUUGGACCUUUAAAGACAUCCUGGCAGGUAAUUCUACCUGCUGGUCCCAACAUUCAUCACAGCCCAGGAGGGGGACCGGGCAGAAACCCUCUGAGGUUUUCAGGACGGACCUGAUCACCGCCAUGAAGGUGCAUGACUCGUACCAGCUGAACCCUGAGGACUACUACGUCCUCGCCGACCCGUGGAGGCAGGAGUGGGAGAAGGGCGUCCAGGUUCCCGUCAGCCCCCAGUCCAUCCCACAGCCUGUCGCCAGGGUGUUGGCAGAGAAAGGAAAGGAUGUCAUGUUCGUCAGGCCAAAGAAGUUGAUCCGGACGUCGGGCACAGAGGCACUGGGCUAUGUGGACAUCCGGACGCUGGCGGAGGGGAUGUGCCGCUACGACCUGAACGAGGUAGACGUAGCCUGGCUGCAGAUCACCAACGAGGAGUUUGCAGAGAUGGCUGUGCCGCCGUUGGACGAGAUCACCAUGGAGCGGGUGAUGGAGGAGUUUGAGCGCUGCUGCCACGAAAACAUGACGCACGCCAUGGAGACGGAGGAGGGGCUGGGCAUCGAAUACGACGAGGACGUGGUGUGUGACGUUUGCCAGUCGCCCGACGGGGAGGACAACAACGAGAUGGUUUUCUGCGACAAGUGCAACAUCUGCGUUCACCAGGCGUGUUACGGCAUCCAGAAAGUCCCAAAGGGCAGCUGGCUGUGCCGGAUCUGCGCCCUCGGCAUCCUGCCAAAGUGCCAGUUGUGUCCCAAGAAGGGUGGAGCCAUGAAGCCGACCCGAAGUGGAACCAAGUGGGUCCACGUCAGCUGUGCCUUGUGGAUUCCAGAGGUGAGCAUCGGGAAUCCAGAGAAGAUGGAGCCGAUCACCAACGUGUCCCAAAUUCCCAGCAACAGAUGGGCUCUGAUCUGCUGCCUGUGCAAAGAGAAGACCGGAGCGUGUAUACAGUGCUCAGCGAAAAACUGCCGGACUGCCUUCCACGUGACGUGCGGCCUCCAUGCCAGCCUUGAAAUGAACACCAUCCUCACCGAGGACGACGAGGUCAAGUUCAAGUCCUACUGCCCCAAACACUCCGGGCUCGAGGGCACAGAGUCCAGGGACCGAGACUCGGGAGGCGAGGAGGAGAAGGAGAGCGCCAGAGACAAGAAGUGCAAGAGGAGAGGCAGGGUGAGAGUGGAGGAAAAUGCCACCUCCUCCUCUUUGUCAUCCUAUGUGGCUCCUCAGCUCAUCAACAGAGCGCCCAGCGAUCUAGAAGGGCUCAGCAGCCGCCAGCAGGAGAAGAGAGUCAACCUCCGCAAGCUGAAGCUGCAGGCGAUGGAGGAAGACUUCUACCAGUUUGUGGAGGUGGAGGAGGUGGCCAGUCACCUGAAGCUGCCGCCUGAGGUGGUGGACUUCCUCUACCAGUACUGGAAACUGAAACGCAAAGCCAACUUCAACCAGCCGCUCCUCACGCCCAAGAAGGACGAGGAGGAGAGCCUGGCACGCCGCGAGCAGGAGGUGCUGCUGCGACGCCUGCAGCUCUUCACACACCUCCGACAGGACCUGGAGAGGGUUCGUAACCUGACCUACAUGGUGACUCGGAGGGAGAAGAUGAAGCGCUCGUUGUGGAGAGUCCAGGAGCAGAUCUUCCAACACCAGGUUCGACUGCUGGACCGCGAGCUGCUCACAGGUGAUCCUUCAGCGAAGGAUUUGGAGAAGCUCUUCUCUCUGGACUGGUUAUCCUCUCAGGGUUCCCAGUCUCGUUCCUCCUGGAGCCACUCUGGACUGAAAACCAAACGAGGGUCUUCAAAGCAGGAAAAAAGGAAAAGCAGCGACAGGAAAGGCUUAUCUGACUCCCCGCACACUCACAAGAAAGACAAUCUGAGCAUACCACUGGAGACGAAGGAUAGUAAAGGCUCCCGAAUCAAAGAGUCUGCUCCUGCUGAGGCCAUAAGCGAUGCCAAAAUCCAAAACUCUGAGAUCAGCCCGGAGAUUCAGUUCCCAAAGCUUCAGAAGCCAGAAGUCGAUCAGGAAACUGUCACCGUCAAGCAGCACAAACCUGAGAGCAGGAAAGGCCUGAGGAGGGAGGCCACGGGGCCCGAGCAUGAGACACUGGCCAGACCGAAACGAGACAAUGACCACGAACAAGAAGAGAGGAGGAGGAAGAGGAGGAGUGAUGUGACGGAAAGCUUCCCCAGCCAGGUGAAGAACAGGUUCGGGACAAAACAUCUGGAGAAAACUGUGUCUAUCAGGCUGGUCGAUAUCAGGAACUCUGACACAGACGACUACUUCACGGAAGAAGGAAUGACCAAAAGAAGCUCCGUCUCUCUGGAUGUGACGACCAACACUAAACUCAACAGAUCCAGCGUGGCCUCGGACGCCGCCGCAGCCACCAAAGCCAACGGCUGGCUGAGGAAAACCCCCGCAAACGGCUCACACAGACCUGUGGCCGGACAUCUUAAAGGCUGGGGGAAGUUCAGGAUCCCGAAGAGGGCCGAGAGGCCGCUGACGGCGACGAUCAAGGAGCCGGAGGAGGUGGAGCACCGCAAGCAGCUGCUGAGGCCGCUGACCAACACACCAGAGCCGUCGUACCCCAGGACCAGACUGCGCACGGGGUCGGAGAACGACGGCUACACCUCCGAAUCCAAACCAGGCGACGGCGAGAUGGAGCCCUGCUUGAAACGAUGCCACUCACACCAGCUGAGGGGCGACUCGUCUCUCGGCCGGCGCUAUGGGUCUGACAUCAUUCGCAGAGGCGUGCUGGCCUCCUGAUGGCGGAGCAACACUUGUUGAAAAUAAGCUGCACUGUGUUAAUUGGGAAAGAAUGACAGUCGCUCUUUGUACCUUUAUUUUUCUGGAUGAAUCGUAAAAUGCCUAGAAUAAAAACAGAGCUUAUAUUUAUUUUUUAUUUGUAACAUAUGUAAAUCUGGGAAAUAUUUUACCUUUUACUUUAUUUUGAGCUAGUUAAAAAAAAAAAAAAGUCCUUAAAAAGUAGAAAGAUGUCAAGUUGCCACUUAAACGCUCGCUCAGAUAUUUACAAGCAAAAGCAUCACCUAGGGAGAUGUCGUGAUCGUUGCUUGGGACCAUAAGCUUUCAAUGUAAUUUGUUUUUGACGUAGUAUUAAACUCAGUUGCACUUAGUUAAAAAAAGCUGACACAGAUAAUCCUCAUCCUGUCAGUGAAAUAGGACUCCAUAGGUCUUUUUUUUUUAAUCAAGCUUCAUCGAACCUAACUGCUACAAACAGGAAGUCAAACUGCCCUUUUACCGCCGUUUAAACUCCAGCUGUCAUCAUCUCUUCAGGCUGCGAUUACUGGACAUUAUGAACUGGGAAUCUACAAACAACAAAAAAGGAAUACAGAAUGGGGUUUUACAUCAGCACUUAAGUGUAAUUGAACUGCGAUCGUAUCGUAUCCAUCAUGUGCCUAACUUUUAUUUGAAGCGUUUGCACUACGAGAGGACGGCACAGGUGUGAGGUAUGAGUAGAGUUAUUUUUACACUGAAAAUUAAAAAGCGUUUUGUACCCUCGGCCACUGCUGUACUACUGUUAUGCAAAAUGAAUCUUGUUUUGUCUUUGUCUUAAAGAGGAAUAAAAACCCUGGAGGAUUUAAGUCUGA